CAGUUGUUUCUCUGAAUCCAGCGGUGUUCUCUCGUCUCUCUCUCACACACAAGAUGUCGUGGACACAAGUGAUCUUCGUCUCCCUUUGCGCCACCGUCCUCAUCCUCUCUUUGUCCAGUGGGACGGACAGUGCCAGAGUGCCGGCCGCUGCCAAGGCCAUGGUGCCAAAAGGCUCGGCCCGGGGGGUCUUCAUGCCCGAGGCGGACGCCUCCACCUUCUUCAAGAGCCGCGGCCGCCGCUCCACGCGCCACCAGGCUGAGCUGCACGCUGAGCAGCGGGUGAAGAAGGCCGCCAAGGCACGCAGGAUAGAGCUCAUCGAAGAGCAGAGGCACAAGUACGAGAACUAUGUCGAGGAGGUGCACGACGAGCAAAACGAAAGGACACGAGAGACCACCGAACAGUAUCGGGAGUACCAGUACGACGGACAGUACCCCCGCUAUGACUGGCACGACUGAAGCCGAGCGCGCUCAAUGGCUUCAGAACGGGCGGGGAUAGAUCCUCCUCGAACCCAUCAAUCAUCGAAAAGAGUGACAGAAACGACAGCGGCAACUGUUAAAGCCUGGUCCGAGUCUGAAACUCUACACUAACAUACUGCGUAGUUGGCUGAGUAUAAGGUAGUGUGUCUGAAAUCCUAUUUAAUCAUAUUAUGCAAGAAACGGUAUACUCAAAGUACCCGGCUGGUGUACUAUUUCUGAGGCAGAUCGAUUGUAGUGUGCAAACUGUGGACACUAGUUGAUUGAUAAUCCUUUUGCAUUUUAAAAAGAGGACAACCGUCCAAACCGAAACAUCUUGAUGUUAUCACUAACCACUAAAACCCCUAGACUAGACCAGCAACAGAAAGCCAUACCAUUGGGGAAUGGAGAAUUUAUAACCCGUUUAAAGUAAGCAAAUGCUUAAUUCAAAUCGUAUUGAUAAGUAUUGACAAUUUUUUACCAAAUUUUGAGCAAAUAAAAUAAAUUGUGAUCACAUGGUGCUUCCCUCAGUUUCACUUUUUAUUUUGGUCACGCUCUGCAUAACAAAAAAUCUUUAUUGUAUAUAAUUACUCUAAAGCCUGUUAAAUGCAAACCAAUGCUUUGUGGGUGAUGAAAAGCAUUCUUUUACCCUGGAGGGCCAAUAUUUACAUCUUAAAAGUGUAUAAAUAAACUUUUGUACAGUUCAUAGAGGUUUCGUAGGCAUACAAUUAUCUUUGAAAUACUUUGGCUGAAAUACCUGUGUCCUUUAAUACCAUACUCAGCAUUAUUCCUUCAACUCAAUAAAGAAUCAUACAGUUCUCAUUUGAGAAUAACU